AUGGCAAAUGGUGGCGCUGGUGGUGGUGGAAACAACGGUGGUGGCGGAAACAACGGAACAGGAAACCGGACGGAGGAGUUACAACCCCACCCGGUGAAAGAACAACUCCCCGGAAUUCAGUACUGUGUCAACAGUCCUCCUCCUUGGUUUGAAGCGGUAGUGUUGGGUUUCCAGCAUUAUUUGCUGAGUCUUGGCAUCACAGUUCUCAUUCCAAGUCUAUUAGUCCCACUCAUGGGAGGUGGCGAUGCAGAAAAGGCUAAAGUAAUACAAACAUUACUAUUUGUGUCUGGAUUAACAACAAUGUUUCAGUCUUUCUUUGGAACUCGAUUGCCUGUAAUAGCUGCGGCUUCUUAUACCUAUAUCAUACCUAUCACUACCAUCAUUUCUUCAACUCGAUUCACUUACUACACUGAUCCAUUUGAAAGAUUUGUGAGAACAAUGAGAAGCAUACAAGGCGCUCUUAUUAUCACUGGAUGUUUCCAAGUUGUCGUCUGUUUUCUAGGCAUAUGGAGAAAUAUUGUUAGAUUUCUAAGCCCACUCUCUAUUGCUCCUUUGGCAACAUUUACCGGACUGGGACUAUACCAUAUCGGCUUCCCUUUGUUAGCAAGAUGCGUUGAAGUGGGAUUUCCUGGAUUGCUAAUACUUGUAUUUAUCACUCAGUACUUACCUCGUUGCCUCAAGAUGAAGAAAGGAGUGAUGCUUUGGGAUGGAAACAGAUGCGACCGCUAUGGGAUAAUGCUAUGUAUUCCACUAGUAUGGUUGUUCGCUCAACUACUCACAUCGAGUGGUGUUUAUGACCACAAACCUCAGACUACUCAAACAAGUUGUCGUACAGAUCGCACUGGUCUCAUAACCAACACUCCUUGGAUAUACAUACCAUAUCCGUUUCAAUGGGGAAGCCCAACUUUCAACAUAACUGAUUCCUUCGCGAUGAUGGCUGCAUCUUUCGUUACUCUCUUUGAGUCGACUGGUUUGUUUUACGCAUCCGCAAGAUAUGGAAGCGCGACGCCCAUCCCACCAUCAGUUGUUAGUCGUGGUACUGGCUGGCUGGGAGUUGGCGUAUUACUCAAUGGGAUGCUUGGAGGUAUCACAGGGAUCACAACAUCAACAGAAAAUGUUGGACUUUUGGCAAUGACAAAGAUUGGGAGUCGAAGAGUGAUACAAAUAUCAGCUGCCUUCAUGCUUUUUCUCUCCAUUUUUGGAAAGUUUGGAGCUUUCUUCGCGUCCAUACCAUUACCAAUCAUGGCAUCUCUUUAUUGUAUUGUCUUGUGUUUUGUGUCUUCUGCGGGACUUAGCUUUCUACAAUUCUGCAACCUC